AUGACUUCUAAAAUCGAUAAGACAAUUGCUCGGCAGCGAGAGAAGAUCGCCGCCGGUGCCUACUACGAAGCCCACCAACAGUUACGUGUUAUCGCUGCACGCUACAUCAAGCAGUCCAACUAUGAUGCUGCUGCUGAAAUCCUAGCUGGUGGUGCGAAGGCUUUGUUGAAAGCCGGAGCCCAACAGGGAGCUUCGGCAAGUGGUGGAGAUUUGGCAAUCAUGUCGGUGAUGGAAGUUUACAAUAAAUCCGAAUGGAGUAUCUCAGGGGAUCCUGAUGAUACAGAGGGCCGGGCACGGAAGAAGCGUCUGAUCGAGGUUUUGCGCGAGUUCCCAUCGGAGGAGCCGACGAGAAAGAGGUAUAUCCAGGAGGUCAUCGGAUGGAGCGGGCGUUGUGGUCCGCUAGAGCGAGGAGAUCCAGAGCUGCACCAUGCUGCAGGUUCGGUCUACGCAGAAGGUCGGUCUUGGAGCUUAGAUUCUUGUCGUCGAUUCCAUCUAACACGAAAUGAAAUCAUUGCAGAUAAUGAGCCAUACGAUGCCGAAAAACAUCUUAUACUGGGAACCUCAGAAUCGGCGGAGACAUUGGCGAAGCUCGAGUACGAGUGGUACACUCAUGACGACCCACACACUGCCGCCCUGUAUGCAUCACGAGCGGUCUUCCCAUACCUUACCACUGGCAAUCUUCGCAGUGCGAACAAGGCACUGCUUAUAUUUACUUCCCGGUUGUCGAUGGCAAACUCUUCUCUUGGCGUGCAAGACGUCAGCAGUUCUAGCUCUGAUAUUCGCGUGUAUCCUGCGCUCCCACUGCUCAACUUUCUUGGCUUGCUACUUUUGACCAUUCAACGGGGGAGUGCCGAUCUGUUCCGUCAGCUCACCAACCAUUAUGCGGCCCAGAUACGGGACGUGGGUAUCUGGGAUGAUGCGCUGGCUCAGAUUGGCGAGCAGUACUUUGCUAUCAAGAUUCCCCGACAAGGGAACCCGCUGAUGGAUAUGAUGGGCAGCAUGCUGUUUGGGGGUCAGGGCCAGGGCAACACCGGUGGAAGACGGCUGCCGGCAUCUAAGAAGAAGGUCGAGGCACCGCCGUCAAACAUGGAGCUCGACUAA